CUAAGAAACAAGAAAAAGGGUCCCCUCCCAAAAUCUCUAAGGCUGGAUGCUAUUUGCACAGCUCAAGUAUGCGUGCUGCAUCCUAAUGCACUGAGCCAUGUCCCAGGAGGAGGGCGGGAGGAAGAAGCACACAGACGGAACUUUGGAAACUCCAUUCUUUUUCGAAUGAGAGGGAGACUGUCCGUUUUGUCGAGCUUGCACCCCUUGCAAUAAAUUUGAGUCAGCACCAAAACGACAGCUCUGCAGUCCUCUCCGAUGGAGCGCUGAUCAGGUGGUUGCAGAGCCCCUGGAAACGGCAGUACGAUGCAGCUGAGGAGGCAAAGCACAACCCACAGGCAAACUGUGGCUACCCUCGAGAGCGAGCCGGCCUUCGCGUUCCCAUCUUUCAGAGAAGCGAUGCACUAAGACUGCAACAAGGACUGGGGCAACCAUGGAAAACUUGGUCUUGAAGGCGCCGCCACCCUGUGUCCUGGCUCUUCUGUUCAUCCUACCAGCCGUUCAGGGCGUUUGUCCUUCCGCGUGCUCAUGCUCAGGGAACGACAGAAACGUGGACUGUUCAGGCAGAAACCUGACCACGCUGCCACACGGACUUCAAGACAACAUCACCUAUUUAAACCUGUCCUAUAACCGCUUGGUGGACCUCGACCACCAGCUGACAAGGUUUGCCAAUUUGAGGACCCUGGACCUGGCCCACAAUUGGCUCCAGAACCUCCCAGCACACCUGCCCAAGUCGCUGUGGGAAAUAUACGCGGCACACAACAACAUCAGAGUCCUUCAGAAGCUGGACACGGCUUACCAGUGGAACCUUAAGGUCCUCGACGUCUCCAGGAACAUGGUGGAAAGGGCCGUUCUCAUCAACAACACCAUGAGCAGCCUCAAGUUCCUCAACCUCAGCAGCAACAAGCUCUGGACAGUUCCCACCAACAUCCCUUUCAACACGGAGACGGUGGAUCUAUCCAACAACUUCUUGACCCAAAUACUACCCGGCACGCUGAUGAGACUCACGCGCCUCUCCAAACUUUACCUGCACAACAACAAGUUCACCUACAUCCCAGACGAAGCUUUCGACCAGCUCGUCCAACUGCAGCUCAUAACCCUUUACGACAACCCUUGGGCGUGUGGGGAUGGGAGUAAGGCGGCGCUUUCCUAUCUCCAGGAAUGGAUAGGAGAAACCAGCGCUACGGUCCUGGGGAUGCCAUGUUCAGUUGAGGCCACCACGCCUUGGAAGCGUGCCAUGCCAUACUCGGCGGCUCCCACAGCUGCAGAGAACCCCCUCCUUGUGAAAGCAAUGAAGGCGUUGCACACAGCUGGGCCGCCGGUGCCAACCGAACAAACCGGGCGCGUGCACCAACAGUUGAGAACGAAGGGCAUUAGUCUAAGCGCCACUGUUGGACAAACAAUUGCGUUCACAAGCACGGGCCGGCCGCUGUCCUUCUACCCGGAAGGGCUGAGCACAGAAAAGCUUAGUUCUUACGAAGCGGCUGCAGCCACACACAGCAUCUACAUUCAAGAUACAACCUCUGUGAAUUCAAGCACAACGGGUCUGGCAGGAUCACCCUCCACGCCAAUGACCUUGAGUAUCGCCAGCGGGAUGCCCACGAACUAUACAAAGAGGCCUCAAAGCACAACUCCUGUAAAGAGAGAGGAAUCGACCAAGAAAAUCAACCCCCGGGCACCCUCCAAAGCAACUGUCCCUGAGCGGUGUUUGUUAGUCAUCGUAACGCUUGUCACCAUGGCCCUAGCAAUGGGCUAUGGAUUUGUGCUUAAGUGAAUAAAUUGCUUCAUUGUUCCAUAUCAAAUAAAAUAGCGUGGGUGGGGGGAAAAGAAACGCUUGUGUGCCAUGAAUCAAAUGCAAGAAGAAAUGUCCGUUUAGAUCCCGAAAUACGCCCGUAAAGAACGUAACUCCUCCUAAAUGAAAAGACUGCACAAAAAAUUAUGUCUUGAUAACCCAAGCUGCUACUUAUUCUAACCACGUUUUACCGAAUCGGGAGGGGAAAGGAGCCUAACUCUAUCAAAUAAUAUAAUUGUUUUUAUGAAAUGUGCUCAUUUUGUAUUUACAUUUUUAAUUUUCUUCACACACACACAAAAAACCAUAUGAAGAUAUGUCAGUAUUUUAUGUAUGGAUUAUGAAUAGUUUUGUCAUUAAACAUCUGGAAAGAAAGAAAGAAAAAAGGCCUGUAUUGUGUAU